AGUUACUCAUUCAGAAAUGAUGACUGUUGCCUAAUGCAUGGACUCAGAAUGUCAGGAGAGGAGUUGUCUUUCCUUCGGUGCAAGUUUGCUCCCACAUGCCUAUAUUGCAAUCAUGCAUUCUCUGUUCGUGGUUUUGUACAGAUUGGGGGAGGCUACUAGGAGCACAUAUCCCAUACCUACUCAAGUGUGGGCAUCAUAUUUGCGAACCAUGUGCCAGAGACAAGCUACGAGCCAAAAAACCUCUUCAAUGCAUGGAGUGCUUAAUGGUGAGCCCAGUGCCUGAGGGUCAAACUCAGGUGAAGGCAAUUCUUGCAUUGGAUUUCCACAUGCUUGGGUUUCUGUGCACCCGACUACGAUUAAAGAACACCGAUCCAAGUGUGAGCUUUGUCCCUGCUGGAUUGAUUGGAAAUCCUUUGAGUAAGGAGACAAAUCCCAAAAGUGUAUCCUCUCACCCCAUUGAUGGUGUGUGCUCAGAAUGUUCCCAAGAGAUUGGAUCUUGGCUUUGCAUUCGAUGCAGUGAGGUCUUUUGUGGACCUUGCUUUGACCAGAUCCACAAGAAGAGUAAGACAUUGAUGAAGCAUGUGCCAGAGCCCCUCAAAGGAUGUGGAAGCAUUUCAAAAUUUUGCCCUCAACAUGAAGACAGACUGGUAGAAUUUUAUUGUGAAGAUGAUGGGGAAGUAGUCUGUUCAUACUGUGCUGUUUUGGGUCAGCAUAAGGACCACAAUAACAUUGACAUCCAAAAAAAGCAAGAAGAAAAAGAUAUUCAGAUCCACUUCAACCUCAACCACCUCCAAUCAUUCACUCAAGGGAUGGCCACACCAGUCAUCUUCAAAGUCAUCUCUACCUGCUGA